AUGAAGAUCGCCAUUAUCCAAUAUUCCACCUACGGUCACAUUACUCAAUUGGCCAAAGCCGUUCAAAAAGGUGUUGCGGACGCCGGCUACAAGGCUGAUAUUUUCCAAGUUCCAGAAACUUUGCCACAAGAAGUGUUGGAUAAAAUGCAUGCUCCAGCAAAACCAACUGAUAUUCCAAUUGCUACCAACGAUACAUUGACUGAGUACGAUGCUUUCUUAUUUGGUGUCCCAACUAGAUAUGGUACUGCUCCAGCUCAAUUCUUCGAAUUCUGGGGUGCCACCGGUGGGUUAUGGGCUAAUGGUUCAUUAGCUGGUAAGCCAGCUGGUGUUUUCGUCUCCACAAGUGGCCAAGGUGGUGGUCAAGAAACCACCGUAAGAAACUUUUUGAAUUUCUUAGCUCAUCAUGGAAUGCCAUACAUCCCAUUGGGUUAUGCUAAUGCUUUCGCAUUGCAGUCUAGCAUGGAAGAGGUCCACGGUGGUUCUCCAUAUGGUGCCGGUACUUUUGCAAACGUCGAUGGUUCUAGACAACCAUCCACCUUGGAAUUGGAAAUUGCUGAAAAACAAGGUGAAGCAUUUGUCAAAUCUGCUACUAAAUUAGUCAAAGGUAGCAAAAAAACCAAUACCACCACUACUUCUAAGUCAGCUGCUACCAGUGAUGCUGCUGGAACAACCUCUGGUACCGCUGCCGGUACUAGUGCUGCUACUGGUGCUGCUACCGGAACUUCCGCUCCUAAAGAAUCCACCAAAGAAGCUUCUUCUAGUGCCAAAAAGGAAGCUACCAAUGGCACCGCUACUAGAACUCAACAAUCUACAAAAGCCCCUGAAACUGCUGAAAAAAGCUCAUGUUCCAAAUGUAUAAUAAUGUAA